UGUGUUACGCCCCCACGAUCGUCCUAUCGAAGUGUUAGGCGGCCUACGGCUUUUUGAUGAAAAUGGACCCUGGUUGUCCGACAACAGCAGAAGCAUGGAACCAAAAAUCGUCUGAAAAAGCAUGUUCCCCGAGAGACUACUACCACUGUAUACAGACACAACAUCAUAAAGUAACUGAACGAUGUGAAAGUGCUAUCUGGAUUGAGGGAGGUAACUGUCCCGUUUUCAACAAGACAUUGAAGUCCAUACCAUGCAUAUCCAAAUCAUCAACUGCGUGCCCAACAGUCAUUUACAAAUCCAAUACAGUGUUUAACUGUAUAUGGGAACUGGAUAAUUUUCCAUGCCUUUCACUUGAGGUCUUCAGUUUCAUCAUUAAUCAUGUGAAUGUCUGUAUGCCAAACUCUCAUGAUGUCAUGCCAUUACUGGACAUUCCUGAACACUGGUUUAUUUCAGCCACACUAUAACAUUGCCAAAAUAUUAGACUGAAAAUUUUCACAUUCACAAGAUUUGAAGCAGCAAAAGAAAAGAAUUAGAUAUGUAUAACACAUAAAAAAGAAGAAAUUUAAUUCUCACCUGGCUGAAAUUAACUUUUUACUCCUUUUUAGCUCCCUUUCACUGCAUACCAGCCAAUAACUAGCAGUCAUUAUAUGCAGAUCAGCCAUUGCUAUUAACCUGUGUAUAUAUAUGUUGAAUAAAAUAUGAAUGAAAAUUGUUGUUCUUUGUUAUUUCCUGUUUUAAAUAUAUACUCAAUAGCAUAUUUCCGUACACAGUACUGAAUC